GGAGAGGUUCUGGGAGGGGAGCACUGGGGGUGGAGUUUGAAGGUAGCCCCAAAACCCCCAACGUGUGCAUCCGGAAAGCGAGGGGAAGUGUGAAACCCUGUGUAUAUCCUGUUGUCUGCUUCCUCCUGCAGCUUGUAUGGGUCCGUUCCGGCCACAGAUGGGGUUCCCCUCAAGCCCAUGGGUCCUCCUCAGUCCUUUCCUGACUCUCCACCUCCUGCGGCUGGGAUCAGCGGACUUCAGAGUGGUGGGGCCAAGCCGACCUCUCCUUGCCACCGUGGGGCAGGAUGUCGUGCUGCCAUGUCACUUGUCUCCACGCAUGGAUGCUCGGAGCUUGGAGAUCAGGUGGAUCAGGCACCAGUUCUCUGAAACGAUGCACCUCUACCGAAACGGAGAGGACCUUGAUGGAGCACAGAUGGAGGAAUACAUUGGAAGGACAGAGUUGGCCAGAGAUGGCCUCUCCAGUGGGAGCCUGGACUUACGAAUCUCUGAGUUGAGACCGUCUGAUGAUGGCCAGUACGUCUGCACUGUGCAAGAUGCUGCCGCUUAUGGAGAAGCUACAGUGGACCUGGAGGUGGCAGCCAUGGGCUCUGUCCCUCUCCUCUCUCUGGAGGCUUACGAGGAUGGAGGCAUCCGGGUGGUGUGUCGAUCGGCCGGCUGGUACCCGUCACCGCAGGUGCUGUGGAAGGAUGGCAGCGGGCAGCAUCUCCCCUCGGUCUCCCAGAGACGUUCCCCUGAUGAGAGGGGCCUUUUUGAGAUCCAAGAUGUCGUCAUUGUGAGAGGGAAGGAAAAUGGGAACGUGUCAUGCGUGGUGAGGAACAGCCGCCUGGAUCAGGAGCAGGCGUCGUCCCUGCACAUCUCAGCUCCCUUUUUCCACAAUGCCCGUCCCUGGAUGGCAGCUCUGGGUGUGCUCCUCUUACUUUUAGUGAUGUGUUUUGGUGUCAUUGUUUAUCUCUUCCGAAUUAAAGGGAAACGAGAUGCAGAACUGG